GCUACUAAAAGAAAAGGUGUCAUAGCAUUAACCGGGUAGGGGCAGCAGCAGGAGCAGCACGUGAGAGGGGCAAACCCGUCAUUUUCACCCAUACUACAGCACGCAGACGAAAUGCUCAUUUAGACCCGAAGAAAUGGCCGUCACUCUCUUUCUCAGCUCAACUCAACUCACACUCUAUAUAUAUAUACGUCCUUCCCGGCUCUUCCCCUUUGCAUUCCUUUUCUCCUCUCUUUUUCCUCUCAUUUUCAACGAGGGGGAAAAAGUGUAACUACUCUUUUCGCAUAUUCACAAAACAGAAAGAUUCUGCAAGAAAGCGAAACUGUUUCAACACAGUAGUAGCAACACCACCAUGAGAGACUACGCCGCCGCGUCUUCUCUCAUCGUCGCCCUCGCACUGCUGCUUGCUCUACACGGCGUCAAUGGCGACAACCCCUACAGAUACUACACUUGGAAAGUCACCUACGGCGACAUUUAUCCUCUCGGCGUCAAACAACAGGGAAUUCUGAUAAAUGGGCAGUUUCCGGGGCCGACGAUCGACUGCGUCACUAAUGACAACUUGAUUAUCAGCGUUUACAACUACUUAAAUGAGCCAUUUCUACUUUCCUGGAAUGGAUUGCAGCAAAGAAGGAAUUCCUGGCAGGAUGGAGUGUCCGGUACAAACUGUCCGAUCCUGCCUCGUAGAAACUACACUUAUGCCCUCCAAGCAAAAGAUCAGAUCGGCACUUAUUUCUACUUCCCAUCACUUGGACUUCAUAAGGCUGCCGGAGGAUAUGGAAGCAUCAAAGUCUACAGUCGUCCUCAAAUUCCUGUACCUUUCCCCCCUCCUGCUGGGGAUCAUGUCGUACUUGCCGGGGAUUGGUUCAAGAGAAGUCAGAGACAACUGAGAUAUUUUGUGGAUGGUGGUCACAAUCUCCCCUUCCCUGAUGGCCUCAUUAUCAAUGGACGUGGUUGGAAUGGAUACACAUUCACCGUUGAACAAGGUAAAACAUACAGGUUCAGGAUAUCUAAUGUUGGGACGGCGUUAUCCCUCAACUUCAGGAUUCAAGGACACUUGAUGAAGCUGGUGGAAGUAGAAGGAUCUCACACAGUCCAGAACACUUACUCCUCUCUGGAUGUCCAUCUAGGCCAGUCUUACUCAGUCUUGGUCACAGCUAACCAGCCAGCAAAGGAUUACUAUGUUGUGGUGUCGUCUCGUUUCACUUCCAAAGUUCUCACCACCACCGCUGUCCUCCAUUAUCGUAACUCAUUCACAAAAGUUUAUGGUCGUCCCCCCGGUGGACCUACCACCGAGAUCGAGUGGUCUUUGAACCAGGCAAGAUCUAUACGUCGGAACCUGACAGCAAGUGGGCCGCGACCCAAUCCACAGGGGUCGUACCAUUACGGAUUGGUGAAGCCUGUGAGGACCAUCAUGCUUGCCAACUCUGCUCCGUAUAUCAAUGGUAAGCAGAGGUAUGCAGUGAAUGGUGUGUCGUAUAUAUCCCCGGACACUCCCUUGAAGCUGGCGGACUACUUCAACAUCGGAGGUGUGUAUAGCAUUGGAAGCAUCUCUGACAGACCUAAUCGAGGGGGAAAUGCUUAUCUUGCCACCUCUGUCAUCCAAGCUAACUACCGGGCUUAUGUAGAGAUUGUGUUCCAGAACUGGGAGAAUUCUGUGCAGUCAUGGCACAUGGAUGGAUAUUCUUUCUUUGUUGUUGGAAUGGACGGAGGCCAGUGGACUGAAGCAAGCAGAUUGCGCUACAACUUGAGAGACACAGUUGCACGCUGCACCACGCAGGUGUAUCCGAGAUCAUGGACUGCGAUUUAUGUAGCUUUGGACAAUGUGGGAAUGUGGAACAUAAGAUCUGAGGAGUGGGCGAGGCAGUAUUUGGGGCAGCAGUUGUACCUCAAGGUUUACACCUCAUCCAAUUCGUUUAGAGAUGAACUUCCUAUCCCCAAAAACGCUAUCCUUUGCGGGCGAGCAAGAGGGCAUCGCACCAGACCUUUGUAAACUUCGUCACGAGAGGGUGACUGAGCUAUUAUUAGGCCAAGCCAAGCCAAGCAGCUCCACUUGAGCUCUCGGCUUUCACAUUUUAUUCUUGACAAGUUUAUCAGAAUUUAUUUUGUACCACAUUUAUUUCCAAUUGAAUGGGUUUCAAGUCAUGGCAAGAAUUGAAGUGGUUAACGCUCGUUUUCCAUGUUUCCCAACAAAUAUUCACCAAAUUUGAGGGUGGUGUGCGUGCAUAGUUUGAUGAUGAGUAAAACAAGUAAUAAGUGGGUGAACAAACAGAUUGGGGAUGAGUUCGAGUAGGGCUAUAUAAAGCACAACCCCGUCCAAUCUUCUUCAUCAUCAUAUAUUCAACACUAAGAAACAGAAAUAGAAAAUGGCGAUGAAGAUUGUAUUGCUGGUGGCUAUUAUUGUAGCAUUAGUGGGCGCCAUCAAUGGCAGGACUAUGCCAGUGCAGGGGAGCGCGACUGACAUGGAGGCGGCGUUUUUCCGUCCCCACUUCCGCCCUUAUCCCGGCUUCUUCGGUGGAUAUAGAGGCGGCGGCUUCGGCGCAGGAUUUGGCAGCGGCGGACUUGGUGGAGGAUUUGCUGGCGGCGAUGACUCAAGUGGUGGAACUGGUGGCAUUGGAAGCAGUAAACGUGGAGGGGAUGGAGGCAGCGGCGGCGGCGGCGGUGACGAUAUUGGUGCACCUGGUGACUUGGUUGAAACUCCGUGAGGAUUCUCAAUACAAUGCAUUACUAAUUAGAGAUGGUUAUGUGUUGUAAUGCCAUUAAUAACUAGAAAUUUAAAACUCUCUAAUUUCUCAGACUAAUAUGUAACCAAAAUCAAACUUUCAGUGGAAAAUCAUCAAUAUAUUAUCAGCCUCGCGUUAAAUUA